GAGUACAUGGACUAUACAGGUUAUGCCAAGUUGUACCCAAGAGCAGCAGCCUACAUUACCAGACCUUGUAACCUCUCUUUGUCAUCAAGGAAAAAUAAUAUAGAUGGGUACUUUCCAAGGAUGCAAGCACUCAACCAAGUAGUAACACUGGCCCAUCAGUUGAACUCUGAUGUAUGUAAUCUCUACAAUCACAAAUAUGUAGCGUACCAGAUAGCUUUACUUUAUCAAUCUAUGAAUGCUUUGGGAAGUAGUAUACCAUCCCUUCUGGAGUUCAAAUCAGAUAUAGAACGUAAUUUUAAGUUCAUCAAAGAAGAACUCAACUCUUUAAUAGAUGAAGAUCUCACACCACAAUUAUCACAAGAUAGGUCUCAAUGGGUUGUAAUACUUACCAGUGGCAGUCUCAGCAAUAACUGCAUUUCCUAACGAUCUCACAAGAGAAAUGGACCAACUUAUAAAAACUAUGGUUGCCAACCCAGAAAUGACAAACUGACCAUGAACAUUCAUAUAUUUGAGUUAGCCCAAAAAUAAAAAUGAAAUGAUCUCAUAUAUAUAGAGGAGGAGUAUUGACUGAACAAGGCCCUUAAUAGAUUAAUCACAUGUAGCUGCACAGUCAUGCAAAGAUAUGAAAACAACAGCCUCAAGAGGAAUGAUUCAGUUCAAAUAUUUUGCAAUGUGUGAAAAGAAUUAAACCCGAAAACUCAAUGCAUUUUGGCUGCAGAUUCAUUCCAAUCACGUGUUGUUUCCUAACCUUAGCACUCAUGCUACACAUCUUGUGCAAAGUUUGAAACCACAACUUGCAUUA